GCCCUUCCAAGGCGUGGAGACGCCAUGGCGGAGGCAUAGGGACAUGGACGAGAGGGUAGACCCAUGCACCAUGCCCGCACCGCUGCGUGAUCCGCUCGACUUUGCAGGCGAUGACGGUGGACAAGAUGCACAGCAGCACGGCGCAGUACCCCGCCCCCAGGGACAGGGAGAUCGAGGCGCCAGCCGGGGGGCUGCAACUGGCCUUUCCUUGGGCCUGGCCUGUUCCAAAGGCGGCGCCGGCCGCAUGCAACCAGGGUUGCUAGCAUUGAACCUCGGGGCUUCUCGUAAGGCAUCCCUUUCCGUCUCUCCCUCAGCCUCUGGCCCGAGCUCCAUAGCCGGCACACCGACGCCGGACGACGCGGUGCGCUCCACAGACUCGGAUGCGCUCCUCUCGCGCCUGUCCGCCAUCGCGGCCGGCUACCUGCCUCCCAACGCGUUUUCAGCCGAGCUUCUGUCCGCGGCCAGUAGCGCACAGGCUGGGUGGAAGCUCGUGCCUGGAUCGCACGCGGCCGUGCCCGUCGCGUCGCAUGUCGCAGCACGCAGGCCGCCCUUGAUCAACGUCGGGACGUACCUGCGCUGCACGUGUAUGGACAAGCGCGUCCGGGCGUCCCUCGCAUCAUCCGGAAGCGUAAAAGGCAAGCGGAAAGGCAAGCAGGUCAUCAGCUUGGGCGCAGGCAGCGAUGAUCGCUUCUGGAGGCUCGCAGCGUCGACGGAUCCAUCGGGUAACUCGCAGCAUCUUGAGCGAUACGUCGAGGUCGACUUCCCCCAACUGACCGCUAGCAAAAUUCGAAGCAUAUCGCGCUCGGCUGCCCUUGCAACUCCUCUGACGAAUGGUGCAACGCCACCCUUGCCUCUGACGCAGGAGACAGGUGUGCAGAUCACCAUGGACGGUACAGAGCUGCAUGCCGCGCGCAGCGGGUAUCACCUCCUUCCGAUUGACCUCCGGCAUCUAGCACAUCCCCCUCCUCACUCAUCCUCUUCUUCUUCUGACACCGCACCCUCAGAAGCACGCGCAGUUUUACGUGAAGCCAUCGACCCGAGCUUGCCGACCGUCGUCCUGCUUGAGUGUGUCCUCUCCUAUCUCGAGCCGUCGACAUCGGACGCGCUGCUUGGCUGGCUGCUGCGCGACUUGCUGCGCACGUGCCCGCACGUCGCGGUGCUCAGCUACGACAUCUGCCUCGGCGGCGACCUGCAACAGCGCUCUGCGUCGGACGGCGAGCAGCAGGCAAUUGUCUCUGAGUUCGGCCAGGUCAUGCUGCAGAACUUGCGAGCGCGGCGCCUGGACAUACCCGGCGCGAAAGCGACGACGCUGCCGCAUAUGCAUGCAGAGCGGCUCCGCAGGACGCUGUCGCCAUUGCCGGAACGAGAGCUAGAAGGAAAUAAGCGUGAGACACCGGCGGAGGUGAGCGUGCAGGCAACGAGCUUGCGCAGCAUCUGGGAAGGACUCGACGCGGGCGAACGUGAUCGACUGUCGAAAGUCGAGGGCCUCGACGAGGUGGAAGAGCUCAAUCUCCUACUCUCGCACUACUGCAUCUCCGAAGGGCGACGCAUUUUAUGCACAUGAGAUACAGAGACCCGCGACGGAAGCUAACAUGAUACCCGAGUCCUUUUUGCCAUCCGACGCAAACAAAAAUGCACUAGAAUUACAAGUGGCACACGCCCGUGCGAUGAAAUUGUGUAUGAAUAGACCGAUACCGUGUAUGAGCUUGCAGACGGGACAACGGGUCACGGUCAAUCCUCAUCUGUAUCUACGAGGCCAUUGCCAGUGGAGGUGAAGCCUGGUCGGGGUAGACAUCGAAAAUAGUUAGCAUUUAUGCGGAACAAAGCAGACUGAAGCACAUGGCAGGCUCACCACUCGUCGCCCAGCCGGCCAUAUUCGCUUCCUCCUCGCGUUUCCGUCGGCGCUCCUUCUCCG